CUGCUCAAAAGUGUUUAUUUAUUCAAGUUAAACAAUUGAAUCAAUGUAUAGUGAAGUAUUGAAUUGACAAGAUUACAUUCUUCAUCUGCUCAAAAGUGUUGAAGCUGUGUAAACUGCCCUUGUAUUCAAUAUUUUGGCUAUGCAAAUCUAGUAUAAAUGGCUUCUGUCCAAAGAUGAUGCUGUGCUUAUACGAUUAUGUGUCAGGAAAAAGAUUAAGUAUCAUUUUCCGUCUGUUUAUUAACACUUAGAUGACUAACAACUGUUAAAAUUAAUGUUUGGUUUUUCCAGCUCCUCACAUGACAUCCCUCAAUUUCAACAAUAUUGAGACCUUGACCGGUUCUAACUACAAGAAGUGGAAAGAGGAUGUUGAAAUGGUCCUUGGGCUUAUGGAUCUCGAUUUGGCAUUAAGAGAGGAAAAACCUGCAGCUAUCACUGCAGAGAGCACAGCAGAUCAUAAAGCAAAGGUUGAGAAGUGGGAGAGAACAAAUCGGAUGUCACUGAUGAUUAUGAGGAAAGCAAUGGCUCCAUCAGUUAAAGGAGGUGUUCCAAAACAAGAUAAUGCAAAAGACUUCUUGGCUGCAGUUGGGGAAAAGUUUAAAGAGUCUGACAAGGCAGAAACUGGGACUUUUCUAACUCAAAUUACUUCAAUGAAAUUUGAUGGUGAGGGAAGUGUCAGGGAACACAUUCUGAAGAUGGUUGAUCUUGCUCAAAAGUUGAAAGACCUUGAAGUACCCAUGACUGAUCAGUUCCUAGUUCAUAUGGCUUUGAACUCCCUGCCUUCAAAAUAUGGGCAGCUCAAAGUUUCAUAUAACACUCAGAAGGUUAAAUGGGGCAUUGAUGAACUGAUCACUAUGUGUGCACAAGAAGAAGAUCGGCUCAGGAGUGACAAAUCAGUGGAUGUGAAUUUUGUACAAGGAGAAAAACGCAAAAGGGACUUCACUCAAGGUUCAACCGUGGCUGCUGGUAAGAAGAAGAAGAAAGAAAUUUCUUCUUCAUUUAAAAAUACUAACAUCAUCUCUAAAGGAUCUCAUAAAAUUAAAACUGCUAAUGUCGAAACUGAGAAAGAAAAGGAGUGUUAUUUUUGCAAAGAAACAGGUCACUUAAGAAAGAAUUGCAAUGGCUUCAAGAAUUGGCUUGUUAAGAAAGGGCUUCUCAAAAACAAGGGUGAUAAACAAUGAAGUCUACAAUGUCUAUGUGGGGAAUGGGAGCAAAGUUGCUGUCGAAUCCAUAGGAAGUGUCAAAUUAGUUCUUUCCUCUAGCUUUAUUUUAGAAUUAAGUCCAGUACUUUAUGUACCUUCCAUGCGAAGGAAUUUAAUUUCUGCAUCUAAGUUAGUUAAGUCCGGCUUUACAUUUGUGGGUGACAGUCAAAGUGUAAAGUUUUUCCAUUCAAAUAACUCGAAUAAAUUGCUUGGUG